CAAUAUUAGCUCUAAGUCGUUCGAAGGUAGUAGCUUGGGUGUGGUUUGGGACUGCAUAACGUUCUAGUUAGCCUGGAAAUUGUAAUGUUGUAGGUCUACUGAUUUAAAGCAUUUCUUUUAACCAACAUCUCUGCUUCACUAAACCUUGAAUGUUUGCGGCCGAAUUAUGCAACUCUAGUGUACAUACUUUUUCGAGCGAAUUUGAGAGUUAAGGGUCCUGUUUGGCAUCAAGUGCCGUAGUUGUUAUGGAGACACUGGCCUGAUAGUUGUAUUGGAUCUGGAAAAUGGAUUGCGAGUGCUGGGUCUGGGAAAUACGUCCCAGUACAUAAGUGUUCACACCACUGCGAUUGUACUAUAAUCGAUUUCAUCCUAUUGUUAUGAGAUGUCAGGUGUUCAUCGAUCGUAUGUGCUCACACUUUGAAAUGAACCAUCCCAUUUCCACGAAGCUUUCGACAAAGGUAGCAUGCAUCCAGUGUCAGUUUGAUGUGUUGUACUGGAGGCACUGUAGGUCGUCAUCACUGCAUGCAACAGCUCAUCCUAGUCUAGUGGGCAGCCAUUGAGAAACCAGGGAUUAUAUUUCUAAGACAGUGGCAAGCACUUCUCUCGUGGUUGGUUGCCCACAACCAUCCAAGAUCGAUGUCCAACAAUUCUGACCCAACAUUCACAAUCAUUUCUCACGUUGGCUGCCUGAUUCCGUUUAUGUCUCUAUUUUUGGAGUAGCGAGAUUGAAUUAGAGGGAGAGCGCCUAACUGCAAUUCUUGACUCUUAAUCGUCUGUGAAUAGCGUUGUCUUCUUUAACGAAACAGAUAAAUUUUCAAUUACAUGUAUUUACAUAUCCUCCAUUAACCGGAACUGAAGCUGCUAAGCAAGCUCACCUAAUGAAGUUACAGAGAUCUGCCCAACUCUAAACGUUCCUUCGCCAACACGGCAUUCGACGUUGUCGAAGCCCUGAAAGUGGUGAGUAACCUGAGAUUCGGACACAGGUAGUUCGAGGACAGCGAACUAGAAUCUGUACCUAGUUCUGAGCAUUGGGUGAUGUUCAGUGAAGGAAGGGAACGAUUGAUGGCCAAUGUGAGGCAACGCUACAGCUUUCCGCCAGACUCAGAAGUGGAGCUCGGGGUCGGGUCAUUCCCCGCCGCCACUUCCCCUGGUUCUGAACCUCUUUCAUGGUCCCGCACCAUCGAAAACUUGUUAUGGCAAUUCGCUGCCGUCUUUGCCAUUUACUACGGCGACUCUCGUCACCAUCUCUGUCAUGUCUUGUUCUUCGACACCCGCGUCCGCAGAAUUCCGUUUCUACUGGGUUUUGCAAGUCUUGCAAUCGGUGCGGCGAUCUCCACCUACUUGGCAGUUUGGUUUCGUCACAUCCUCAAAUGUGAAGAUAAAUGGGAGCUUAUCGCACCUACCGCAAUCCCGACCGCCACCCUAGUCGGAUUGACAUCACUCUUGCUGUUCUCUGUUGCCCUUUGGCCAAUUUGGGACGUCUUGUCCCUCCCACUGCUGGUGAACUCCGGAUCUAAUCCAUCGUCCAGCUAAACCAAAAAGUGCCACUGUGCCAUAGUAUAUUCCCUUCUCCGCCACUCUCAAGUUGUGUGUUUGCUCAUGUCUGCGUGUGUAGAUCACGCUGUUGAUGGCAUUAUCUGCUACGAUCGUGCCUCACCUCCCUCUUCACCGAUACGGGGACUCCCUUCGUGUAGACUAAACUGUAGAAAUCAGAGUUUUCUACUGAAUCAGUUCCGCAUACUCUCGAUUCCAUCGCAGCUUCACGACUGAAUCAUCGAUUUAGGCGCUCUGAUUAAUUUUUUGUAGGUACAAAGUGCCCUAGUGAGGUUUCUCAACUUCAACUGAUCAAAACAUCAAAAGAUUUAAAACUUCUUGUAUCUUAAAGAAGGAUGGCAUUAAAAAACAUGGAAAAGAAUGUAUAUUGAAGAAGAAACUAGAAUAACAAUUGCCAAAAACAAAAAAAAUCUAUAGAUUCUAGAAAUUAGACUAGAAGCAAGAAAAGAAUUAAUAAAAGUAAAGAAGACUUUAUUCUUGUCUCUAUGUAUAUAUAUAUUAUUUAAUUAAUGAAUUACAUGGCAACAUUUGAUAAGUUAUUUAACACAUGUCUAACUUGCAAAAUAUGUGUCUAACUUAUAAACAAGUUUCCAACAUAUGUACCACAUAGACAACUUAUACAUCAAGUGGCCAACAUAUGCAAGAUGUGGCCAAUUUGUUAACCAAGUUAUCAACUUAUCAAACACUUAUAAAUACUUAAGAAAUCA